AUGAGUGAUACAACACAUUACCACCGUCUUAAAGAAGAAGAUGACGAAAGCUUAAAUAAAGAAAUAGAUACCCUUUCUGAACAAAACGAAAUUCAUGUUAUUUCUGAUGAACAACAACUUUCAAAAAAUAAAGUAGAAAAUAAAGAAAAUAAAAGCGAUGAAGAAGAAGUUGAAAUGAUCACUUUUGCUGAAUACAGUGAAAGUGUUAACGCUGUUAUUACUCCUGUUGCUAUUACUUUAUUAUUAACUGUUAUUAUUGUUAAAUUAUUAGAAAGAAGUAAUGACCUUUAUUCACAAGCAACUUCAUACAUAUUUUCUGAAGGGAUCGAAUCAUCAACAACUAUCCCUAUAUGGCUUAUUGCUAUAAUUGUAUCAGUUAUCUUCAUUAUUAUGAUUGUAAUAGUAACUUUUGUAUUUGUUCUUCUUUUUUAUUAUAGAUGUAUGAAAUUAAUAGUAGGAUGGUUAUUAUUUAGUGUAAUUUUAUUAUUAAUGUUAUUUGGUGGGUCAAUUAUGAAAAGUUUAUUAUCAGUAUUCAAUUGGCCUGUUGACUGGAUUUCAUUUGCUUUUCUUCUUUUUAAUUUUGGUGUGCUUGGAGUUAUCUCAAUUUUUUAUAUUUCUCCAAUGAAAUUAAACCAAUUUUAUAUGAUUAUUAUCAGUGUUUUCAUGGCUUCAUUCUUUACAAAUCUCCCAGAAUGGACUACAUGGACUUUACUUAUUGGAAUGGCAUGUUAUGAUUUAGUUGCUGUACUAUGUCCUAAAGGACCAUUAAGAAUACUUGUUAAUUUGGCUCAAGAACGAAAAGAACCAAUUCCAGCACUUGUUUAUUCCACAGCGGUAUGGAUGGGACUGGCAUCUCCAGAUGAUUCUAAGAAUGAAAUUCUAAAUGUUGAUUCAAACCCAUUCACUCUAUCAUCUACACAUGGAAAAGGAGUAAAGUUAGGACUAGGUGAUUUUGUGUUUUAUAGUGUAUUAGUUGGAAGGUGUGCAAUGUAUGACUUAACAAUUGUAUUUAGUGGAUCAGUGGCAGUAUUAUCUGGACUAUUUGGUACUCUCAUUUUACUAGUUGUUUUUAAUAAAGCUCUUCCUGCUUUACCAAUUUCUAUUUUCUUUGGUACUUUAAUCUAUUGUGUGUCACGAUGGGCAAUAGUUCCAUUAGUCACAACUGCUAAUUUAUAUGGUUAUGUGGCUUAA